UGCAGCACUUGCGCACGCCUUUUACGCUCCGCUCACCUCUCCGCGUAGUAAAGCCUCUCCUCUCCGUCACCAGCAGCCGGACUCAGUCUGCUGAGGGCCGACGCUGAGUCUCGACACGGGCACCGAGACAAACGAAUACGGUUUUGAGAACCACCCCCCUCCCUUCCUCUCCUCCUCCUCCUCCUCCUCCUCCUCUGCCUCCUCUGUCUGUUGUUGCGCUUCUGCUGCAGCGGCCAAGUUCAGGUGAGCCUCGUCACCGGCACAACAAGUCCUCUCUCCGGUACCGAGCGGGAUGCUUGCACCCUCCCGUUAAAUGAGGAUGUUAUAAAUGGGCCGCGCAGGAUGUGAAGCCUCGCUAGAAGAAGCAGGAGGAUGGCGAAACCAGGCUUGUCUGCGGCGGUGCUGCUGCUCCUGCUGGGCUUCCUCUCGGUGUCCUCCGUUAAAGCCGACACCCUGCUGUCAGCUCCACUCAAUGUGACCAUCAAAGACAUUGAGGUAAACUCCGCCGUGGUCACGUGGGAAAUCCUGGAGGGGGACCCCGUCAUUGGAUUCGCCAUCACUCAACAGAAGAAGGAUGUACGCAUGCUGAGGUUCAUCCAGGAGGUCAACACCACCACACGCUCCUGCGCAUUGUGGGAUCUGGAUGAGGACACGGAGUACAUCGUUCACGUUCAGAGCAUCAGCAUGGGAGGCAGCAGCCCCCCCAGCGAGCCCAUCCUCUUCAGGACGCCCAAAGAGUCGGAGAAGAUGGCGUCUAAGAGCCCAGACGAGGUGACGAUGGAGGAGGUUGGUCAGGCUGCUCAGCUGAGGGCUGGAGAACUCAUCAUCAUUGUAGUGGUGCUCAUCAUGUGGGCAGGGGUGAUCGCCCUGUUUUGUCGUCAGUAUGACAUCAUCAAAGACAACGAGCCCAACAACAACAAGGACAAAGCCAAGAACUCCUCAGAGUGCAGUACUCCAGAGCACCCACAGGGGGGGCUACUGCGCAGCAACGUCUAAGACCAGCCCUGCAGAGCCUUGUGCAAUAACCAACUCCUCGAACCUCAGGACAGAUCCUGAGACCAACAGAAAGCCAUUCUCAGACACCAUCGUACUGAAGAGCUGAUAAACCAUGACAGAAACUUUUCUCUACACAAUGAGGAACUCUUCAAAACCAAUGGACACACACGUGAACCUGCAGAAUCACAGACUGCAACCAGUCAAACAGGAACAGGAGAGGACAACAUUACUCUUACCUUUGUUGUGACCAAAACUGGACUGCAGCCUACUUUGAGUGGACAGCCAACACAAAGACACGGGACAUAAAAUGGCCGUCGAUCAAAGCACGGGAGGGGGCGUCUUUUCCUCUUGACAAGAACUGCUCGAUUCAUACGUUCUGAUUACUCUUCAUCAGUGGCAUCAAACCAGGAGCAGACCAUCAAACAUGAAUGUCUCAGUAUUUUUGUUUCAACUUCAGGUUUGUAUCACUGGUCAGAGGUUCAGAGAUGACUCAUGGGAACAGCUGGUCCUCUGGGUCCAGGUUAUCAGUCAGCACACAACUUAACAAGCUAAGUUCAGUUUUAAACCAAGGACUUUCUCUUUUUCUAUCUCUCCAUCCACAUCCGUCCUUUCUGUCUUUAUUACAGCCAGUUGUGUAGCAGCUCAUCUCGCCCCAUCUUUCUGUGUCGGUGUCUCUCUAAUAAGCACAUUGACGUUUGGUGCUCCUCCUAUUGUGAUUGUUUGAGCCCUCACAAUCCCAGUCUUGAUUACGAUAUCAUUUUCUUAUUGGGUCAGAAAUAUUGCACGUUGAGUCUUGUCUCCUGCCUCUUUCUCUCUCUGUGUCAUCAGCUAAAUGAUGCGUCUGUUUUUUUCUCCUCUCUGAGCUGCAACCUCAACGCCCUUGUCAGUUAGGGGAUAAAAUGUGACACAUUUUUACAGUACACCAUAUUUUCCUUAUAUGAGUUGGAUGAUGCUGUCUGAAUGCAGCUGUGAUUCAGACAGAGUUCAAGGAUCGACCGGGCGAUCUCGCACCACAGUGGUGUCUGACUCCAAAUCCAAAUUUUAUUGCAACUUCCAGGUUUGAAAUCCAGAAGUUAACUUCAGUGUCCAACUUUGAAAAGACUGGCACGUCUGGAAAAUGACAGACUUAGGUUCAAAUUGAGGUUUAUUGCUCAUCACUGCAUAUUCAGCACCAUAUGCUAUCUGCGGUCUGCAACAGGAUGUGCAGGGAAUAAGGAUGGAGAC